UUUUGCUAGAUUACCUAGACAGUGAAGUUGCCAACACACCUGUGACACCAGUUAUGGACAAGCAAAACCCCCCUGCAACCCUUGCUGAAAGUGAUAAUGGUAUGUUUUAUUUUGAGAGAAAAAAAGUGUUCUGUGUAAUUAUCACACUUCAGGUUCAGCCAUGUCUGUGGUAGACCUCAUGUACAUAGAAUGUUUUCCGGUCAUUGAGCUAUUUAAUGCAUCUUUUCCAGCCAAUGCAAUUAUCCAAACCUCUGGCAGCCCUGAAAGUAGAGGAGAGAUGAAUCAGUCAGCGAAAGAACGUGUGGUUGGUGCUGCUACUGCUACUGCUAGCCAAGAAGGUAUCAGCGAAAUCGAACUUCACCAGUACUAUGCUGUGUAUUUCUCGAAGAUGUACUACAUUGGCCGUGUCACUGCUGCACUGGAUGAAGAGUAUGAGGUCAAGUUCCUGCAUAAGUUGUAUAAGAAUGCAGUUGCGUAUUUCUUCUUGCCCAAGAAACCUGAUAUAGACAAGAUUAAGAAGGAGAGAUUCUUCUAUGGGCCCAUUGGAUUGACCGGCACUCCAGAUGACUUCACCAUUGAAGAAGGUGUUCUGAGCAAGAUCACGCUGAGAUACAAUGAAAUGAAGCAAAAACUGCACUAAUUCUAAAAGGAUGCUUCAUCCUGUUUGUCAUGUUUCCAUGUUCAAAAAGUUACUCUGAAAAUUGAGCUCCUGUCGUACUCGUACCUUUGUGAAUGUUUCCUGUUCCUGUUCUUGUAUAUCAGUUCCAUCACAUACAAAAGGCAACCCUGGUUUACUGAGCCUGCCCUGAGCUUAGACGGGCCUAAACAAUCCUCUGAUUGGCUCC